AUGGUUCAGUCAGCCCUAAAAUCGCUUGCUUGUUUUAAAUUAGCAAGUCUUUCUAACGUUGACGCAUUUGGUCAUCGUAUAAAAAGUGAGUUGCUCGUGGUUGUUGGUAACAAAAAACGAGAGAAAAGGCUUUCCAUGGUUUUAGAAGGCUGUGUGAUACCCUGUGACUGGAUUCUUUCCAAACCUGGGACAACAAAUGCUGUAUUAACCUUUCCUGAUGUCAUGCCACGUUUGAACCCAGGUUACCAUCUACCAGCUACAAAGUUUUGGUUUCGAUGGAGACUUGCUUUGACUCCGUAUCAGUGUAGCAUGAAUUUGAAAUCGUCUUUUGCUGAAUUUUUUGACAAUCAGAACAGUGGAUCAAAGCAGCGUGGUAUUGGGAUCACUGCCUUGAAAAACCCGUCCUUUGGGAACUUAUCCGCAGACGAUAAAAGUGAUGGGUUACGAAAUUUUACUGGGGAUUAUGAAGAAUUGAACGACGGCUUCUCUAUAACAAUAGCUAUAAUCGACAAAGGACAGCAGAAAGCAGCCUUAAAGACAAAGUCAAAAAGUAUUAGCCAGAUCGAAAAUACAGAAGUAAAAGCAAAUAGUGGAUCUGUGUUGCAUAAAGAAACAGUUUUUGGUGUACAAAAAAAAAGGGGGUAUCUCGUGGAUGAUCGUAAAAAUGUGUUAGAAAGUCUACGGCUAUUAGCUAGAAGCCAGCAAUUGCCACGUCAUAUCGUCAUCAUCUCAAACGGGAGCAGGAUUUAUGUUUGCAAAAGAGAGUUGUACCUCUGCUCUGGCCUUGUGCUAAAGAGGAGUAUAUUCGAUAGGGGACAGUGUAUGCUUUUCCUUUCGACACUGGACCCAUAUUUCUUUAUUCAUUUGGAGAACUGUAGCGUUGGUCAAAUACAGCUACGUUCUUACUUUGCUAAGAUAUAA